CAUUGAUAAGCCAUUGAGUGCCACACCAUUUCCACUCAACACACCCAUCCCUACCCCACAUAUAUAUCACCACAAAAAUCCUCACCACCGACGACGACAUGAGGUGCGCACCACUUCUCGUAGCGAUGAUCACCGCCACACCACUUAUGGUCUAUGGCUCUGAUGUAUUGGAUAUGUCGGCACCGGUCGCCUACGCCCAGUGCGUCGACCGCUUCCGGAUGUGCGCCCAGACGUUCACUCAAGAUCUGUUCACAGACUCCCGGAAUCAGAUCCUGGAGUCCCACGAGACUCGUGGCUACUGUUGCGCACUCACGCACCUGAGGAGGUGUAUCAUUAAACACGUGAGCGACAAAUGCGGCGUAAACUACAUGAAUGGCUGGGAUGUAGGCGCCCGAUCGGUCAAACGUGUGUUUUACGAGGCCUUCAAAGACAUAUCCACGCCGUCCGAUGAUUGCGAUGACUACCGGGGCUUUCGAGGCGCUGUGUUGUGUCAGCCGGACUGGCUGUUGAUAGGGGAGGCGAUUGGUGUUGUGGUACUACUGGUGAUGUCGGUGUCAGCGGUGAUCUGGUGCUGUUAUCGUGGAUUAAGUGGUGUUGACAAACAAUAUCCGAUGAAGUCGUCGGUCACCCCGAGUAAUGAGUACAUAGAGCUGCCCACCAGUGACCAUAAGUACCGCUAAUUAUGACCAUUAGUUUCGUAUAUAUUGUGUUUAUUUUUUUGUGUCUUUUUCCUCAAAGUCUUAAGACUUUUAAUAACUUUUACUACAUUUAAAUAGUCAUUAAUCAUAAAUAGAUGUCCCUGAU